AUGGUGACAACUGAACAUCGUCGGUUUAGUUCGAAAUCAACACAUGCUCCUUGUCCACCAACACAACAUAUAUUUCAAUCAGGUAUUCCAAUAAAUCCUUCUUUAUCGAAAUCAACAAAAAUUAAAGAUUUACGUCAAGUUAAUAUAUUAAAUGAAUUAUAUCCUUUUCAAGAUAUGAAAACACAUGUUCAAGAAACAAUUGAAAUAAUUCCUCAACCAGUUUCAUGUGAACGUAUAUUUCAUUCCUAUAUUGAUGAUCAUACAAAUUUACGUUCACGUGAAUAUAUUAAAUUAGAUCAAGGUGUUUAUAUACGUUCAGAUCAGACUGGUCAUUUAUAUACAAAUGAUAAUAUUGAUUUUGAUCAUCGAUUUAAAUUAGAUUUCUAUUCAACAACACUUUAUAUAUUUCCAAAACAACGUCAUGAAAAAUUUAUAUCAGAAAUCCGUUAUAUUCCUGAACAUAUAACAAUAAAAUAUAAAACAACAUUAGAAUCCUUAGCAGCAACAUUAUCAUCUCAUGAGCAUUACUAUCAAAAUAUUCAAGAUUUUUAUCAUAUAACUAAAGACAUUUUUUAUCGAAUUUAA